AUGGGAAGUGGUGGCGCGCCAAUGGAAGCUCCACUGUUGGUCGGAUGGUGGGCGGCGACGUGGAACCCUCGCGUUGGUACUCACGGGAAGAAGUCCCUCCCUGUUGCUGAUUUUGUUGUUGUUGAAGAAGCGAAUGCUUCUGCAGGAGGAACUAGUACGGACACAAAUGGAACGACGAAUGGUGAGGCAAGGGGCACAACUCACCAACAAUUUAUGAGCUUGCAUCCUCCGAAGUUUCAUGGGAAAGGCACUGCUGACGAUGCUGAAGAGUGGAUAAAGGAAACUGAGGAGAUCUUUAUCACCCUGGAAGUGCCUGACAACAAGAAGGUUCGGUAUGGAACCUUUAUGCUAAAAGGAAAUGCUAAGGAAUGGUGGCAGACGCAACGUGAAGUGAAGUUCGCAAAUCACGAAGUGACUUGGGGAGAAUUCAAGGAAGCCUUCACACAUGCCUACAUCCCAACCUUCACACAGUCGAAACGCAUGCAAGAAUUCCUGGAGCUUCAACAAGGGAGUCUGAGUCUGCACGAAUACGUCGUCAAAUUCAGAGGUCUUAAAGACGGGUUGCGGAGUCAAGUAACUAGUAGUCGUCCAAGAGAUAUAAACGAUGCUAUCGACAUGGCCACACGUCUUAAGGAGGACUGGAACGGGACGCAAAGGACUGAUAGGAGGAGUGAAUUUUUGCGAUCCAAGUCAAAGCCAAACAUGUUCAAGAGAAGGCGCAGUGACAGGGUGAAUCAAGGGGACAAAUUCAAGAGGCAGAGGCCAUCAGCAUCCAGGCGGGACGGUGAAUGCCCCAAGUGUCAUCACCAACACCCUGGUAAACCAUGUUAUAGAGAUAUUAGAGCAUGUCUUUACUAUGGAACACAAGGUCAUUUUAUUCGUGAGUGCCCAAAGAAGAAAGAGGCAGAGCAGAAGCGUGGUGCAACCAAUCAGCCAGAAGAAAAGAAGGUACUGGCGGAGUUUACGCGACUACGGUUGAAGAGUUGA